AUGUCUGCCAGCGACCAGCCGCCGCUCUCGGUGGACAGGAGCGGCCUCAAUCUGCCACCGCACAAUGUCUCUACUGUCAAAACUGUGACUACUCCUGCAACCUCUUACGCGAGGAUCACCGCGUCGCAGCGUGUCAAAAAGCCUGAUCUUCCGGCGCACAAUUUUAAAGCGUUGCGCCCUUGCAACCGUGAUAAUAACAGUAUUCUUAAAGUUCCUAAGGAUCUUCAACUUGCUCAAGCGUCUAAGUUUCAAUUCGCUUUGAUUGGCCGCUUCAUGAUGAACAAGGGGGUGAAACCUAAGACCACGCGUGAGUUGAAAGCUGAGCUUACCUCGCCUUGGCAUUUAAUGCUAGUGGGAAAAUGUUACUUUACGUUGAAGUUUCACAACAAAGAGGACAAAGCUACUGCAAAAUCCCAUAUCGUUUGGGAGCUCUCUUCUGGUUCCUUGCGUCUUCGUGAAUGGGUAAAAUACUUUAACCCUUAUAAGGAAUCUUCGUCGUUGGCUCAAGUUUGGGUACAUAUUUACUAUUUACUUGUGGAAUUCUGGCAUCCGGAGGUUUUGUCUGGCAUUGGACGUUGGUUAGGGCAGCCCUUAAAGAUCGAUGGUAAUUCCAUUGAUGACGAGGUUGCCCACUUCGCAAGAAUUUUGGUGGAAAUUGACCUUGCUCAGAUCCUGCCAAAAUCUAUGACCAUUGAUGGCAGUGAUUAUGCGUUCGAUAUUGAAUUCAGCUAUGAAUAUAUCCCUCCUUAUUACACGAAAUAUCGGAUGACGGGUCAUGCGGUGAAUAAAUGUCGUCGGGGGAAGAAAAGUGUUAAGGAGCUUGUGGAGGUUGUGAAACCGAAUGGACCACAGUGGUAA